GACUAAUUGUUGACGGGCAGCAUCUUGAAGAAGAAGAAGUUGUUUUUUGCUCCGCUUUUGUGCAUCUUGUGCAGAUUCUUGUGAAAUUUUACCCAAAAUCACACCGGAAACUCCCUCACGUUGUCGCAGAUUAGCCCCCGGAGGUGUUUGCGAGUGAAAUAGUUCGUGAAGUGUUGUGGAAAGUCCUUUUUGAAAAAGUUUUCUGACAUGACGUCUCGGUAGGCCAAGAAGAAAACACAAGGCGCGACUUUGGGCGACGAAGCGCCGCGACAUUUGCGUGCAGGACUUUUUGCAGAAGGCUUUUGGCUGGAAAAACUCCUUGAAAAUCAUUCAGUGUGUGUGUGUUGAAGUACGUGCGGGAAGAUGUCUAAUAUUGUUCUGGACAAAGAUACUUUCUUCCGGCGCAUUAAGAAAAUCUACGCGGAAUGGAAGGAUCCAUCUGUGAAGCAUGAAGAUACGCUGACCAGGGUGGAUUGUAUUAUAUCAGCCGUAGGUACUGAUGAGACUGUUUACUCAAAAUCAACGGCUCUUCAGACAUGGCUUUUGGGGUAUGAACUGACAGACACAAUCAAUGUUCUCACCGAAGAUGGCAUCUACUUCCUGGCCAGCAAGAAGAAAAUUGAAUUCCUCAAGCAAAUUGAGAAUACAAAGGAAGAGGAUGUUCCACCAGUUAAGCUCCUCAUCAGGGAUAGAACGGAUCAGGAUAAAGGAAACUUCGGGAAGCUCCUGGAGGCCAUGAAGGGUUCAAAGAAGGGCAAAUCAUUGGGGGUCUUCCUGAAGGACACGUGUGGCGGGGAAUUCUGUGAAUCAUGGCGUGCUGCGUUGAAGAAUGAGAAUUUCGAUGAGGUGGACAUUGGGGCCUAUCUGGGCUACAUAAUGUGCCCCAAGGAGGAUUCUGAGGUGUCAAUUGUCCGCAAAGCCUGCCAAGCUUCGGUGGAUUUGUUCAAUAAAUACCUCAAGGAUCAAAUAAUGGAGAUCAUCGAUUCGGACAAGAAGGUGAAGCACACAAAACUCGCCGAGGGCGUUGAAUCAGCCCUCACGGACAAGAAGUACGUCACUGGUGUGGACAGUUCACAGAUAGAUGUCUGCUAUCCGCCCAUCAUUCAAUCCGGCGGGAAUUACAGCCUCAAAUAUAGCGCCCUCAGCGAUAAGAAUUACCUCCACUUUGGGGCAAUUGUCUGCUCUCUGGGAACUCGCUACAAAUCCUACUGCUCAAACAUCACACGUACCCUCCUUGUUAACCCUUCGGAGGAAGUUCAGAACAACUACAACUUCCUCGUGGAUCUCGAGGAGGAGAUUCUGAAGAAAAUGACUCCGGGUGAGAAGCUGUGUGACGUCUACGAGGCUGGCCUGGCGUAUGCACAGAAAACAAAGCCAAAUCUCGUGGAGAACUUGGUGAAAACUUAUGGGUUCGCCAUGGGAAUUGAAUUCCGGGAGAGUUCUCUCAUGAUUGGCCCCAAGUGCACGGCUGUGCUGAAGAAGGGAAUGAUUUUCAAUGUGAACGUGGGUUUGGCUAAUCUCACAAAUAAGGAGGCAUCCGAUAAGGAGGGGAAGGUUUAUGCUCUCUUCGUUGCGGACACAGUUCUCGUCAAUGAGGAGCCCCCUGUGACAAUUUUGACGGGAAGCAAGAAGAAGAUAAAGAAUAUCGGGAUCUUCCUCAAAGAUGACGAAGAGGAUGAUGAUGAGGAGGAAGAUAAGAGCUCCGAGAAGGCUCCGGAAAUUCUCGGACGUGGCAAAAGGAGUACAGUAUUGGAGAAUAAGCUCCGUUCGGAGCACAGUGCCGAGGAGAAGCGGAAGCAGCAUCAGAAGGAACUCGCGCAGGCACUCAAUGAGAAGGCAAAGGAACGCCUGGCAAAGCAGGGAGGUGCCAAGGAGACGGAGAAAGUGCGCAAAUCCACAGUUUCCUACAAGAAUUCAAAUCAAAUGCCCCGCGAUGCCGAAGUGAAGGAGCUCAAGCUCUUCGUUGAUCGCAAAUAUGAGACCGUAAUCAUGCCAAUCUUCGGCAUCCCCGUACCCUUUCACAUUUCCACCAUUAAGAACAUCUCACAGAGUGUCGAGGGGGACUACACGUACCUCCGGAUAAACUUUUUCCACCCCGGCGCCACGAUGGGACGCAACGAGGGGAAUCUCUACUUCCAUCCGGAUGCCACCUUCCUCAAGGAGGUCACGUACCGCAGCACAAAUACAAAGGAACCCGGAGAAAUUUCGGCACCAUCAUCGAAUCUCAAUACAGCCUUCAGGCUCAUCAAGGAGGUGCAGAAGCGCUUCAAGACGCGCGAAGCGGAAGAACGCGAGAAGGAGGAUCUCGUCAAGCAGGAUACGCUCAUUCUGUCGCAGAAUAAGGGCAAUCCCAAGCUAAAGGAUCUCUACAUUCGUCCCAAUAUUGUUACAAAGAGAAUGACAGGAGCUCUCGAGGCACACGCCAAUGGAUUCCGGUAUACAUCAGUGCGUGGGGAUAAGGUGGAUAUCCUCUACAAUAACAUCAAGAGUGCUUUCUUCCAGCCGUGUGACAGUGAAAUGAUCAUUUUGCUGCACUUCCACCUCAAGCAUGCCAUUAUGUUUGGGAAGAAGAAGCACAUUGAUGUGCAAUUCUACACGGAAGUUGGUGAGAUAACGACGGAUUUGGGGAAGCAUCAGCAUAUGCACGAUCGGGAUGAUUUGGCGGCUGAGCAGGCCGAGAGGGAGCUUCGUCACAAACUCAAGACGGCAUUCAAGAGUUUCUGCGAGAAGGUGGAAGCCAUGACCAAGCAGAGUGUGGAAUUUGAUACACCAUUCCGGGAACUUGGCUUCCCCGGAGCACCAUUCCGGAGCACAGUUCUCCUCCAGCCAACAUCGGGGAGUUUGGUGAAUUUGACAGAAUGGCCGCCAUUUGUGAUUCCGCUGGAGGAUGUGGAGUUGGUGCACUUUGAACGUGUCCAAUUCCACUUGAGGAACUUUGAUAUGAUCUUCGUGUUUAAGGAUUACGCCAAGAAGGUGGCGAUGGUCAAUGCGAUCCCAAUGAAUAUGCUGGAUCACGUCAAGGAGUGGCUAAAUUCGUGCGACAUUCGUUACUCGGAGGGUGUUCAAUCACUUAAUUGGGCCAAAAUCAUGAAGACAAUUGUCGAUGAUCCGGAGGGAUUCUUCGAAAAUGGCGGAUGGACUUUCCUCGAUCCCGAAUCCGAUGGCGAAGGGGAGGAAGGGGCUGGUAGUGAGGAAUCCGAAGAAGAUGAAGUGUACGAACCAACAGAUGCAGAGAGUGAGGAUGAAUCUGAGGAGGAUUCCGACUAUUCUGAAGCUUCUGAAGAUGAUAGUGAUGACAGUGAAGAAUUGGGAUCUGAUGAAGAAUCCGGCAAGGAUUGGUCAGAUCUUGAACGCGAAGCCGCUGAAGAGGAUAAAAAUAAUGCGUACAGAGAUGAAGAGAGAGGCAAACCAUCGUCCAAACGCGAUCGAGGCGGCCGUGACUACGAUAAGCACAAAUCCAGCAGCAAGCACAGACGAGAACUGCAUUCGAAGAAUAAAAAGAAGAGCAAUAGGCCGGACUAUAGUCACUCUUCGUCCAAGAGCAAAGGCGGAAGUAGCGAUAAACACCACCGAGAUCGUCAUCACGACAGCAAGAAGCGCUCCAGGGAUGAGAGUCGCGACAGUGGACAUCAUCGAAGUUCCAAGAAAUCCAGGAAGUAGAAUGUGCGGUGAUGAGAGCAGCUAGAUGAGAUUAAGCAUUGAUGUGGAGAGAGAAUUUAUUCCUUUGGAUCUUAAUGUAAACAUCAUUUUAAGUUUAAUUUUUUUCUCAUAUAAGUUGCGCUGUAAUGCCCAAGUCCCCAAUCCUUGUCCAAAAGGGAAUCUUCUCCACGGAAGUUCCUGGCGGAAGAAGUCGGACGGAUGAUUUUGAAGAAGAAGAAAAAAAGUUUUUAUUAAUAAAUGAAGAGCAACAACAAAAAA